AUGGGCAACAACGCAAUCGCCGUCAACGGUAUGUCUGCUCGUACCCAGAGGCCGACGCCCAGAAAUAUGUCUCUAACACACGCACACAGGCGCCAUUGUCAACGGAGCAACCGCGCAAGUCGCCCUCACAACCCAUGGCUCCGACUUCUACUUCGCCGUCUGCGCCGUCAUGACUGUCGCGACCAUCGCCUUCAUCAGCCUCGCCUUCAUGCGUCCACGAAAGGACCGCGUCUUCCACUACAUCACCUCGGGUGUCACCAUGGUCGCAGCCAUCGCCUACUUCACCAUGGGCUCCCACCUGGGCUGGACGCCCAUCACCGUCGAGUUCCAGCGCAGCAACCCCAUCGUCCGCGGCACGACCCGUGAGAUCUACUAUGCCCGAUACAUCGACUGGGUCAUCACCACCCCUCUGCUGCUGCUGGACUUGAUGCUUACGGCCGCGAUGCCUCUGCCGUCGAUCCUCUGGAUCAUACUCGUCGACGAGGUCAUGAUCAUCACCGGUCUCAUCGGUGCCCUGGUCGCUUCGGAUUACAAGUGGGGAUACUACGUCUUCGGCUGCGUCGCUCUCUUCCCCAUCCUCUACGUCCUGGUCUGGGAAGCCCGCAAGCACGCCAACAACAUCAGUCGCGAAGCUGGACAGGCAUUCUUGUACUGUGGCUCUCUGACCGCGUUGCUCUGGACCUUCUACCCCAUCGCCUGGGGUCUGUCCGAGGGUGGAAACGUCAUCUCCUCCGACGGCGAGGCUGUCUUCUACGGUGUGCUCGACAUGCUCGCCAAGCCAGGUUUUGGUGCUCUGCUCCUCUGGGGCCACCGUCACAUCCCAGCAGAGUCCCUCGGCCUCAACAUCCACGACUACGGCGAGAACGAGCCCAUGGUCCGCGAGAAGAAGGGCAAGCACACCAACGGCACCGACAAUGGCGUUGUCAAUCACGACGGUGUGACCGGCACCAACGAUACUGCGGCCCAGACCGUCUAA